AUGUCAAGCGCAACGGCCACGCUGCUACUUAAAGGCCUGCCUGGGCGCACACAGCUUGCACUCGACGCUCAGCAAGAUGCGUAUCUGAACAACGAGCAAUUUACAGGCAUCAAGAACCUUCCCGCCGGCUGGCACUGCGUUUCGUGGAGCAUCGCGACGACUUCAAGCGACGACACGCCCGGCCCGUCCACAGGCGCUGUACGAAACUUGCUCCUGCGGUACUUUGACGAAGGCGAAGUGGUGGCUCGAGAGCUCGACCGAGGGCAGCAGCGUCUCGCAGUGUCAGGAUCCGGCCGAUCCACCCGUCGGCGUGUCAGCCGCACCAUCGACCCGUCUGCCAGUCGGGUGGCUACGAUUGUCACCCCGGACGUGCGCGGUAGCGUCGAAGAGCGGCUACUUCCAUACCCGACUACAGCAGGGGACUCUUGGCGUGCGGCGACACGACAUCUCAGUGAACAUGGCGGGCACGUUGGGCGGCAGGUAGUAGCAAAGGUGCUCGGCGUGGACAGCGAAGGAGAUUCGAUCACGGACAGCCUGGCCGCCGGACCUGCACAAGCCGCAGACGGAAAGGAGGAGACAGUGCUGCAGCAAAGCGGGAAUUCUGGCAGGAGAGAACACGGAAAGGUCGUCUGGGGCAAGUCGAGACCUGAAGCGGAACGAUUCGAAGUUCUGGCCGACGGUGACGAGACGGACGAGGGCGAUCCCGCCCAGACCAGCAAGAAGCGCUCCAACCCCGACUCCACCGAGGAUGCAGACGACGAGGCUUUGCACUUCACUCCAUUCGACCUGCGUCGUAGCUGGCCACCUCACUCGACAGGAUCCGAUAUCACCCGCUGGAGCCAGGACAAGAGCUGGCUCCUGCGCGACGUAGCCCGUCGAAGCUCAACCGGCAUCAUCCCACCCUCCUUGGAAGCGAACAACGAAUGGUCAGCGCUGCUGUGCGAGCUCGAGCUGACUUUCAUCAUCUUCAUAGCGGCCGGCAACGGCUACGCGUGGCAGCAGUGGUUCGAUCUCGUGGCUGUGUUCUGCCGCUCGUCGUCGCUCAUGGGUGCGCAAUCCGCAUUCGAGCUUCACCCCUCGACAACGCCGACCGACCUAACACCGCACAUCGCCUUCAUGAGCACAUUGCGAGCUCAGCUGGUUCUCCUACCGAUAGACUUUUGGUCGACUCAAGAGGGUAAGGAAGAGCAAACGCUGCUUGCACACCUCGACGCGCUUCGUGUCAACAUCGCCCGCUCGCUCUCCGCCGCCGCAUCCACCGGCACCACAAAGGAGGAGGAGCAGCGCCAAGCUCUCGUGCAAACAUGGCGCGCUCUCUCCCAUACCACCGCCACCGCGUUCGGUUGGCAACUCGACCACCAGCUCGACGAGGAGGCCGAGGUGCAUGCCGACCUCGAGGCGGACGAGGGCGAGGGUGCACCUGUCAUCGUUGAUCUUUGA